UUUCAUUGAAGAACAGUUCGGCCACGCAUUCGGUAACAAGCUCACAGACAAAAGGAUUCGACUAUUCGGUAUCAGUACACCUAAGAUACAUCAUCAAACGCCCUAUCCUUCGAGAUCGUAAAAUGGACGCACCGACUAUUCAACCUAAAUUUCUCUCGAAGCCGAACGAGCUGGGCCUCGUUGCGGUAGGCUUCAGCGGCGGACAAUGCAAACCAGGAACCGACGCGGCGCCCAUGGCCCUGAUAGAAUCAGGCCUGGUCGACCAACUCUCCGAUGAACUCGAAUACGAUAUCAAGUACGAUGGCAAGGUGCAUGCAUAUGGCGAGCUCAUGCCAGACGACGACCCAGAUUACCGCAAUAUGAAGAAGCCAAGAGCGGUUAGCGCAGUCACGAAGAAGUUGAGCACACAAGUCUACGACCACGCACGAGACGGUCGCUUCGUCCUCACCUUGGGCGGAGACCACAGCAUCGCUAUUGGCACCAUCUCAGGCACUGCCAGAGCCAUGCGAGAGCGACUAGGACGCGACAUCGCUGUGAUCUGGGUGGAUGCGCAUGCGGAUAUCAAUACUCCAGAGACAAGCGAUUCAGGAAACAUUCAUGGCAUGCCCGUCGCCUUCCUCACAGGCCUCGCAUCAGAAAAGCCGGAUCAGCCAUUCGGCUGGCUCAAGGAAGACCAGCUCAUUUCCUGCUCCAAGCUCGUCUACAUCGGUCUAAGAGAUGUGGACCGACCUGAGAAGAAGAUCCUGCGCGACAACAACAUCAAGGCUUUCUCCAUGCACGACAUCGACCGCUAUGGCAUCGGCAAAGUUAUGGACAUGGCUCUCGGUUGGAUUGGACGAGACACACCUAUCCAUCUCUCGUUCGACAUUGACGCACUUGAUCCAAUGUGGGCUCCUUCAACCGGCACUGCCGUUCGUGGUGGCUUGACGCUGCGAGAAGGCGACUUCAUUGCAGAGUCUGUGCAUGAGACGGGCAACUUGAUCGCGCUGGAUCUGGUGGAGGUCAACCCAAGCCUCGAGGAGGAUGGAGCAGAGCAGACUGUGAGGGCGGGAGUCAGCAUUGUGAGGUGUGCGCUGGGUGACACACUUCUCUGAGGGAGACAUUGGUGAUUCUGCCAGAUGCGAUGCGAUACUUCCCGAGUCUUGUAUAAGGGUUCGUUGAAGGAAUUUAUACUACCUACCUAGUAGACGCUCACGCGAACGACGAAAUAGACAUUGAUUGUGCUUUAAUGAAAUGACCCUGUGCAAUGU